AUGCCCUGGAAAGUUGUCAUCACCGACCAUGUAUGGCCCACAACGGACCCGGAACGGGCAGUGCUGGAAGCCGGUGGCGCCGAGGUCGUGGUGGCGCCGAACGGGGAAGAGGCCACUCUGAUAGAACUGGCCAAGGACGCCGACGCGAUUAUAACGUGUUUCGCACACGUCACCGAAAACGUGGUCCGGGCCGCGGAACGGUGCCAGGUCAUUGGCCGCUUCGGGGUCGGCGUGGACAACAUAGCGGUAGACACGGCGACCGAGCUCGGCAUCGCUGUAACGUACGUGCCCGACUACUGCGUCGACGAGGUUUCCGACCAUGUUAUUGCCAUGCUCCACGCCUGGAACCGCAAGAUCGUGCUUUUCGACCGAGCGGUCAAGGAGCGCGGAUGGGCAAGCCAGGGCCUGACCAUGCGCAUAAUGCGUCUUCGCGGCAAGACUCUGGGGAUAGUCGGCUUUGGGCGAAUCGGGCAGGCGGUGGCCAAAAAAGCGAAUGCCUUUGGACUGCGAGUCCUGGCGGCCGAUCCGGUUGUUUCAUCCGCCACCGUGGAGUCCCUUGGGGCCACUUCGGUUGAUCUGGCAACGCUGCUGAGGGAAUCCGACUUUGUAUCCUUGCACGCACCUCUUACACAAGAAACUCGAAACCUGAUCGGGCUCAAUGAAAUGUCGCUUAUGAAACCGGAAGCGUUUUUAAUUAACGCUGCCCGUGGCCCGUUAAUUGACGAGAAUGCCCUCUACAAGGCUCUUACUGAUGGGACUAUCGCCGGAGCAGGUCUUGACGUAAUGGUGGACAAUGUUCCCGCCCAGGAUCAUCCACUGCUAUCGCUGGACAACGUCAUAAUCACCCCGCAUGUCGCAUUUUUUUCUCAGGAAUCCACACUCGAGCUGGAGCAACGCGCCGCUGCCGAGGUGGUUAGUGUGAUGCAUGGCAGGAUGCCUGAUAACCUAGUAAACGCUGCGGUCCUGGACCACCCAAACCCAAGGCACAAACUGAAGUGA